UGUCCUUCAAAUAGUCUAGUUCUUUCCUCAAAUUUUUUAUCCUAUUUUGGUGCAUGUCUUGAAGACUUUGUCCAGCGUUAGUUCUCACAAUUUCAAAAUAUCUGGUUUGCUUCAGUGUUGCCGAUAACGACGUUCCAUCGAAUUUUUCCUCGGAGAAGGACGGCGACGACAAAAUGGCUUUCGGUAAAUUUGACCCCGACAUUUCAGUAAAAAUUGAACAAAUUUACUGUAUUGGACGCAUAACCUAUAAACCUUUGACGGAUCAAUGAAGCAGGUAUGACACUCACAGCACGAAAAAAACGGAAUUUCGCUUCUCGUUUGCGUGGACUUUAACACUUUCAUGUACACGUCUGAUAACGUCGUUGCGAUUUAAGUGCAAAAUGUAGCGAAAUAGUCGAAUUAAACCCCACUUAACAACAACUUUUAUAAGAAACGAUUUUUUCUUCAACGUUGUUACGUUGGUGACCCUGCGCGAAUUCAUUACAAAUUUGGUUAAAAAAUGAUUUGCGCCAGUGAGUGAAAAGUUGUAAAUUGUGUUGGUUGUUGUUCAGACCUUGACGUUGUGAAAUCAUAACAUAAAAUGAAAACAUAAAGCCGGUUAAAAUUAGUUCCAAGGUAUAUCAAGCGCAGACAAGUAGUGAUGAGCAUGGAAAUCAAAAGUGAAGAACCAACACAAAACAGAAUUCUUUUGGAGGAGACCUUUUACGUUUUAACGAAGAAAAAUUGCGUGUUUCGAGUCCGUUUAAGCAAAACCGGUUUGUGUUUAGUAAAAGAAAGCGAAAAUAACGUCAAGGAGCAAAUCAUUCCCAUACAGGACAUCAUAGGAUGUAGAUGUCUACGGAGCAAAAAACAAUCAAAGAAUUGUGCUUGUCAGUCAAUUCCACGUUCCACUAACUUGAAAGUUGUCGAGGAAAAUUCGGGCGAUUUGGACGACACGGAUGUGAGCGCUUAUCUGUACAUUUACGCAUAUAUUUUAGUGAAUAACAAAGGCACUAGUAAAAAGAGGGAACGUACUAUUAUAACACUAAGGUUUCGAUCAUUUGACAAGUAUGAAGACAACAAUAAAGAAGCGCAAAGGUGGAGGACGAUAAUCAAAAGACUUAUUAAAGGGGAUAAUGUUUCUACGAGCCACAUUGCUGAGUUUUCCAUGUCUAAUAAAUUUAAGGAGAGCAGAAGAUUGUUGGUUUUGUGCAACCCCAAAAGUGGGCCAGGGAAAGGAAGAGUUAUUUUUCAACAGAAGGUUGUUCCUAUUUUGCAAGAGGCAGAAAUUCCAUAUGAUUUACAUAUCACCAAACAUGCCAAUUUUGCCAGGGAGUUUAUUAGGACAUGCAAUAUUUACCAGUGGAGUGGAAUCGUUCUAGUCGGCGGCGACGGCAUCGUUUUCGAAGCAAUCAAUGGGCUCUUCGAGCGUUGGGACUGGUCCGACGUUGCAAAAAACAUUCCAGUCGGGGUGGUACCAGGGGGGUCCGGUAACGGCCUAGCCAGAAGUAUAGCGUACCACUGUUCAGAACCCUAUGACCCAUCACCCACACUACCUUCAGCUUUGGCAGCUGUUCGACACCACUGUGCCCCCAUGGACCUCGUCCGCGUCGAAACUACCUCACAAAUAAUGUUUUCUUUUUUGUCGGUUGGAUGGGGCUUCCUAUCAGACAUCGAUAUAGAGAGCGAAAGACUACGAAUGCUGGGAGGACAAAGGUUCACGGUAUGGUCCGUGGCAAGGCUCAUAGGACUGCGGAGUUACAGCGGAAGGUUGUGGUAUCUACCAGCGAAUGUGCCUUUGGUGCAAGCCAAACCCGAACUGAACCCAGGAAGUUCAUUGGACUUACCCACCGAAGUGCACCUAGAGACCCAGACGGGCCGCCAGCGCCUAGAUUCGUGGUACAGCGCCGCCUCCAGACGCAGCGCCUACUUCUCUGCGACCGGCAGCUCCUACCAAUCGACGACGGACAGCGGGGGCGGCGGUGACAACCCCGGCGGCGACCCCGACAAACCCCGAAUGUACGGCCCCGGCAGCCAGCUGCCCUGCCUCACGCAGCCUCUGCCGGCGACGUGGAAGUGCAUGGAGGGCCGGUUCGUGAUGGUGCACGCUUCCUACCAGACUCAUCUCGGGGAGGACUGCCUCUUCGCCCCCGACGCCAAACUCAACGACGGGACGAUAUGGCUGCUGAUCGUCCACGGGGGCACCACGCGCACGCAGCUGCUGCAUUUCUUGUUGGGGCUGAGCACUGGGGCUCACGCAGCUAUGGUUACCCAGGGAGGGCCUAUCGAGCUGAUCGCCGUGAACGCCUUCCGGAUAGAGCCGGACAUGCGCGAACAGGGGUACAUUACAGUCGACGGAGAGCACGUAGAGUACGGGCCCAUUCAGGCCGAGAUUUUCCCCGAGUUGGCCCGGGUGAUGGUUCCCUGAUCAGAACAUUCCAUGGGCACUAAUAGUAAGAAUAAAUCUAAGGUUGUGAUUUUGUCUACUUUAGAGCCACUACUUAUAAGGCUUGACAGCAUUUAGAGCCGCGUAGAGUACAGGCUCCAAACACCUGGAGUAGAUAUCGUGUCAAAUUUUGCCAGCUAAGUCUUGCUUUUUUUGUUACAAAUGAGAUUAGUGUGGUGCUAUGUAAGUAACUGUGCUCCAAUUUAUAUCUUCCGACUUAAGCCAUAUCCACCAAAAGUUCACCAAUCAAAUUGGGCGCAUAGCAACUAUUUCAGGAACUUGUAAACAAUAGGGCAAUCAUUUUUUAGUUGCAAUAAACAGUGAUAUGAACACCACUACGUUAAAAAAGUAAAUAGUGAUGAUUUUUACCGACGAAAAUGUUGAAUAACGAUGUGUAGCUCUCAUAAAUUUUAAAUACUGUUAAAGUGUCAGAAAGUAAAUAUUUUUCCUAGGAUUUGAAAAAAAACUAGAUUUUGUCUAGGUGAUAGUUGUAUAUAUAUCGUAAUUGAAAAUCUUAGUCAAUUUAUUUUUUAACAAAUUCACGGCGUAAUAUGGGUGUCACUGUUUUGUGGGUAUAUGUGCAUUCAAGGAGCUGUUUGUUUACAAAAUUAUUUUAAGCAUCUAAAGGAAUUGGACUGUUUUUAGUUUUUGGAGAAAAUUUCUGAACAUAUCAAUACAUGAUGCCAUCGCCCAUUCAAGACUUUUGCAUAAGCUGUUUAAGAUUAUUGUUUUAAGACAUUUUUAUAAUAAUUUGUAAUAUUACAUUUUAGCGGGAUAUUUCACUUGGAAACACAAUCAAUUUUAUCAGAAUUACGUCUGUUAAUCAUCAAAUCGUAUUAGCAUUUAGCAGUAAUAUUAGUUUUUAAAUACCAUAAAACAGUUUAAUUAUUUUGUAAAGCAAUCUUAAAACCCAUUCCAACUCGAUAUAGCUAGGUGUCAAAUGUUGUUGUUAAAUAGCUUAAUGAUUGUUUAUGUUCGUUCGCAAUAAAUAAAUAAAUAGUUUUACUGUAAUUUAAGAUUGUAAUUGACGUUUUGAGAAAAUUCUCUAACAUAAUUUUCUUUGAAAAUAUACAUUUUUGUCAGCGUUGUGUUAAAAUUCGUCUCACUCAGUAGAUAGAUCUUAGGGUGCAAUAGAUAUUAACGCUACAGUUAGAGCAAAAUAAACUACGAAAUAAUUGUUUGUACAAACAUUUCAAUAGAUAUAUUUUUGUUGUUUUAUAUGUGGUAUAAUGGAAUAUCAGGCUAGAUGUGAUACUGCAAACUUUUAUCUAUGAAGUCCUUGACCACGGCAGCCUUUUAAAUUAUACGAAAUUCUCCAGGAAAUUUUGAUUAUUCUCCAAUUACUAAUAGUUCCUUGUUUACUUAACAAUAAUUUUUUGAAUGAACUGCUCAAUUAACGAAAUAUUUUGGGGUUUUCGAGACGCACGCAAAAAACGUUGGCGUGCAGGUUUAAUUUAUUUACAUUAUAACUGAGAGCCCUGUUGUUAUAAAUUAAAUUGUUGUAGAGUAGUGAAACUACUUAAAGCUAGUUCAGUUGUGCAAAGCACAAAAAUGCUCAUGUUGUAGGCAAUAAUCCUGCAUCAUUUUAACAUGUGAGAUUAAUUAUGAUGUAAUUAAAUUACUGUAGGUGAAGGCUGUGAAUUGUUACCAUAAAGUCUAAUUUCUGUUACAAAAAUCUUCACCAUAUUUAUUUAUUUGUACACUUGUUUGUUUGCUCAAAUUAUCGUACAAUGUAAAAAUGUUACAUCAUAGUAUUAAAACUUAUUUCUGUGAUUAUAAAUUGUAAAGCAAUAUUUAAAUAAAUUAAAAGUGGGUUA